AUGGCGCAACUCGACACUCUCGAUCUGGUCGUCCUGGUGGCUCUCUUGGUGGGUAGCAUCGCCUACUUCACCAAGGGGACCUACUGGGCGGUCCCCAAAGACCCCUACGCCGCCUCCGCCACCGCGAUGAACGGAGCCGCUAAGAGCGGCAAGACCCGCAACAUUGUUGAGAAGAUGAACGAGACGGGCAAGAACUGUGUGAUCUUCUAUGGCUCGCAGACCGGUACCGCCGAGGACUACGCCUCGCGUCUGGCUAAGGAGGGCUCCCAGCGUUUCGGUCUGAAGACUAUGGUGGCCGAUAUCGAGGACUAUGACUACGAGAAUCUGGACACCUUCCCCAGCGAUAAAGUCGCCUUCUUCGUUCUGGCCACCUACGGCGAGGGUGAGCCCACCGAUAACGCCGUGGAGUUCUAUCAGUUCCUGACUGGCGACGACGUGGCCUUUGAGAGCGGCGCCUCCGCCGAUGAUCAGCCUCUGUCUUCCCUGAAGUAUGUCGCGUUCGGUCUUGGAAACAACACCUACGAGCACUACAAUGCCAUGGUCCGCCACGUUGAUACCGCUCUCACCAAGCUGGGUGCGAAGCGCAUUGGAUCCGCCGGUGAGGGUGACGACGGUGCCGGUACCAUGGAGGAGGACUUCUUAGCCUGGAAGGAACCCAUGUGGGCCGCUCUGACCGACACCAUGGAUCUGCAGGAGCGCGAAGCCGUUUACGAGCCCGUCUUCUGCGUUUCCGAGGAUGAUGAAACCACCGCCGAACACGACACUGUGUACCUGGGAGAGCCCACCGCUGCCCACCGUGAGGGCCGCGCUAAGGGCCCCUUCUCUGCGCACAACCCGUUCAUUGCCCCGAUUGUUGAAUCCCGCGAAUUGUUCACUGUCAAGGGCCGCAACUGUCUGCACAUGGAAAUCAGUAUCGCUGAUAGCAACCUGAGCUAUCAGACCGGUGACCACAUUGCUGUUUGGCCUACCAACUCCGGUGCGGAGGUUGACCGUUUCCUCGAAGUCUUUGGUCUUGAGGGCAAGCGCCACUCCGUGAUUAACGUCAAGGGCAUGGAUGUUACUGCCAAGGUUCCCAUCCCAACUCCGACCACCUACGACGCUGCGGCCCGCUACUACAUGGAAGUCUGUGCUCCGGUGUCCCGCCAGUUCGUCUCGACCCUCGCUGCCUUUGCUCCGGAUGACGCCAGCAAGAACGAGAUUGUUCGCCUGGGCAAUGACAAGGACUACUUCCACGAGAAGAUCACCAACCAGCGCUUCAACAUUGCUCAGGCCUUGCAAAGCAUUACCUCCAAGAAGUUCGCCGAUGUUCCGUUCUCUCUGCUCAUCGAAGGUCUCAAUAAGCUUCAACCCCGUUAUUACUCCAUUUCUUCUUCUUCCAUGGUUCAAAAGGACAAGAUCAGCAUCACUGCUGUCGUCGAGUCCGUUCGUCUGCCCAGUGCUUCGCACAUUGUGAAGGGUGUUACUACCAACUACCUCCUGGCUCUCAAGCAGAAGCAGAAUGGUGAUCCCUCUCCCGAUCCUCACGGUUUGACUUACUCGAUCACCGGUCCUCGCAACAAGUACGAUGGUAUCCACGUCCCGGUUCACAUCCGCCAUUCCAACUUCAAGCUGCCUUCCGAUCCUUCCAAGCCGAUCAUCAUGGUUGGUCCCGGUACCGGUGUUGCUCCUUUCCGUGGUUUCAUCCAGGAACGUGCUGCAUUGGCCGCCAAGGGCGAGAAGGUUGGCACCACGCUUCUGUUCUUCGGAUGCCGCAAGGCCGAUGAGGACUUCCUCUACGCGGAUGAAUUCAAGACCUACCAGGACCAGAUGGGUGACACCCUGAAGAUCAUCACCGCCUUCUCUCGCGAGGGUCCCCAGAAGGUUUACGUUCAGCAGCGCUUGAGGGAGAACGCCGAGCUCGUCAGCGACCUGCUGAAGCAAAAGGCGAACUUCUACGUGUGCGGUGACGCCGCCAACAUGGCCAGGGAGGUUAACUUGGUGCUCGGCCACAUCAUCGCCCAGCAGCGGGGUAUGCCCCCGGAGAAGGGCGAGGAGAUGGUCAAGCACAUGCGGAGUAGCGGCAGCUACCAGGAGGACGUUUGGUCAUGA